AUGCGCCAUGUAAUCGUGUUACCCGAUACAAAGACUGUCCGUGUAGGUGGAGGAUGUCGCUGGAAGGAUGUCGAUGAUACUCUGGUGGACCUUGGGCUGGCAGUGGUCGAGGGUAUUGUGAACGACACUAGGGUUGGUGGUAUUACUCUUGGAGGUGGGUACGGGUGGCUUGCACCACGCCACGGCCUUAUCAUUGACAACCUGAUCGGCGCGAAGACUGUCCUGGCUGAUGGCAGAGUCCUUAAUACCUCAGUGGAUGAAAAUUCCGAUUUAUUCUGGGCUAUUCGUGGCGCAGGGCAGUGCUUUGGGGUGGUCGUGGAAUUCGUAUUCCAAGCCCACGAGCACAAGGAUCCAGUGUGGGCGGGCAUACUUGGGUUUUAUCUCUCACAGAUUGAGGCCGUUAUUGCGUUCGGCAAUACCUUGGUCGAAACGACAGAUGGAAACUCCGCGAUGGUCGUACAGCUCUCGAGAUAUGAAUUUGCGAGCUCCGGCCGGGAAUUGGGGGUCAUAGCAGUUGUCUUCCAUUAUGGCAAUGCCGAAUCUGCCCAACCUAUUUUCCAGCCUUUGCUUGACUUGGGUCCCGUUAUUAACACGACCAAGGAACAGACUUACGCCUCGGUCAAUAACAUGCUCACUGCAGCGGCAGCUCGAGGGGGGCGCAACAUCUCAAAGGGGGCGGCGUAUACUACACCGCUACGACCAGAGUUCAUCAGAGAAGUGAUUGUACCCGAGUUGGAAAAGCUUCACCUCGAGGUACCGGGAUCAGACAAGUCCAUGCUGGAAUUCGAGUUCUACAAACCGGACAAGUGGUGCGAGGUUCCAGUCACUGCAACGGCGCAUGGCCAUAGAGGAGAUGUCCAGAACGUCAUGAUUGCUCUUCAUUGGUUAGACCGGCAGGACGAUGUGAGAGUAGAGAAAUGGUCUCGAUGGAUCGCAGGACUCGUAACGACAGAACGGGAGAAGAAUGGCAGACCAGUCGCCCGUCCCGUUACAGAAUAUGGAAACUAUGAUCACCUGUCCGCUGAUCCUCGAGACGUCUUUGGGGUUAAUUACGACCGACUCGUCCAGCUGAAGAAGGUGUAUGACACAGACAAUGUCUUCAACAAGUGGUACUCGUUGGUUGAGUAA